AGCAUCCAUCUAUAUAAUAACUUGACUAUUGAAACCUCAAAAUCAACUUCUCAAAAAUUUCUCAAAGGAAAAAAAAACAACAACUAGAACUAGAUUGAGGGAGUGGCCAAGGAUACAAAACAUGUGUUGGAACCCAAUAUCCAUGAAGUUCACAGGAUUAGUAUGCAUUGCGUUUGUGAUAGUUCUUGUGUCGGCUUUAGCUCCGACCAAAGCAGUCUUGGAAGAGAAAGCAGAAUGCAUCCCAACAGAACUUUUGUCAUGCUUACCAGCAAUACAAACCGGAAGUCAACCGACCGCCGAUUGCUGUGGAAAACUGAAAGAACAAGAGUCAUGUUUGUGUGGUUACAUCCGGAAUCCAUUAUUUUCUCAGUAUGUUACUUCUGAAAAUGCUCAUAAGACUUUAGCGAGUUGUGGUAUACCUUAUCCUACUUGUUAA